AUGGCUCUGUCUCUGUCAAACCUCCUCUUUGUCUGCGCAGCCUUCUUGCUGUCGUUCGCCUCUGCAGCGACUCGCGUGUAUAAUUUCACCGCUGGCUGGGUGAACACAAAUCCCGAUGGCAUGUUCGAGAGGCGUACCAUUGGCAUCAAUGGCCAGUGGCCGUUGCCUCGCAUCGAGGCCGACGUGGGAGACAGGGUCAUUGUCAAUCUGACCAACGAUCUCGGGGAUCAGUCUACCUCCAUUCAUUUCCACGGGCUUUUCCAGAAUGGCACCAAUCACAUGGAUGGCGUCGCCGGUGUGACGCAGUGCGCGGUCCCCCCUGGCUCCAGCUUUGUCUACGAUUUCAAUGUCACUCAACCGGGCACAUAUUGGUACCACUCGCAUGCCAAGGGACAGUAUCCAGAUGGAUUCAGAGGGCCCCUGAUCGUCCACGACCCAGAAAACCCUUAUGCAGACGAGUACGACGAGGAGUUGGUGUUGACGCUCUCGGACUGGUAUCAUGAACAAAUGCCCGUGCUGAUGAAAAAGUUCAUGAGCGUAACCAACCCUACGGGAGCUGAGCCAGUACCGCAAUCUGCUCUGAUGAACGACACCCGCAACCUCCAAAUCCCCGUGGAACCAGGCAAGACGUACUUCUUGCGCAUCAUCAACAUGGCCGGCUUUGCUGCUCAGUACUUCUGGAUAGAGGGCCACACUUUCCGCAUCAUCGAGGUGGACGGCGUCUACACCGAACCCGCCGAAGCCAGCAUGAUUUACUUGACCGCGGCGCAGCGGUACGGUGUUUUGCUCACCACCAAGGACAACGCGGACGAGAACUUUGCCAUCAUGGGUUCCAUGGACCAGGAUUUGUUCGACGUGAUCCCCGAAGGGCUGGAUCCCAACGUGACGAGUUUCUUGGUCUACGACGCGGAGAAACCACUGCCGGAGCCCAAGUUUGUGGACGAGUUUGAUCCAUUCGAUGACAUGGAGCUUGUCCCGACCGACGGAGAGGAGCUGCUUGAAAAUCCGGACUUGGUCGUGCAGCUCGACGUGGUCAUGGACAAUCUCGGCGACGGAGCAAACUACGCAUUCUUCAGCGGCAUCACCUACACCGCCCCCAAGGUGCCGUCGCUGUACACGGCGCUGAGCACCUCGGACCUCGCCGCCAACCCCAUCGUCUACGGGUACAACACGCACUCGUACGUGCUGGGCCACAACCAGAUCGUCGAGAUCGUGCUCAACAACCAAGACCCCGGCAAGCACCCCUUCCAUCUGCACGGGCACGUCUUCCAGGCCGUGGUGCGCGGGCCCGAGGAGUCGGGCGACUGGGACCCCAACGUGGUGACGAACGGCAGCUUGGUGCUCCCCCGCGUGCCCAUGAAGCGGGACACCAUCCUGGUCAGGCCCAACGGCCACAUCGUGCUGCGGUACCGGAGCGACAACCCCGGCGUGUGGUUGUUCCACUGCCACAUUGAAUGGCACGUCGACUCUGGUUUGGUCAUGACCUUUGUUGAGUCCCCCCUAACCCUCCAAAACACCCUCGCCGGAAAGAUUCCCGAGGACCACCUGGCGGCGUGCGCGGCGGCGAACCCACCCGUCCCGACGGCCGGCAACGCGGGCGCCAACACAGAGAACUUCCUUGACCUGACGGACGCGCCGGCGCCACCGGACCCGCUGCCCGAUGGAUUCACGACAAAGGGCAUCGUGGCCAUGACGUUCAGCAUCCUCGCGGGCCUGCUCGGUAUCGCGACCAUCGUGUGGUACGGGCUCGGCGAGAUCAGCACCAUCGAGGCCGCGCGCGAGCAGGCCAAGAUCCAAAAGGCCGCGGCGGAGCGGGGCGUCGUCUCGCGCACCACCUCGGCCGCCUCGUCCGCGGCUCAUCCCGCCCUCUUGUCUAGCGGCGCGGGAGGGGAAAAUUCCGCACAUGUGGGCGCCGACGGCACCGCCACGACACAGGCCAAGUGA